AUGAAGUGCUUCUACUACUUCAAGGACAAAACAAGGAGCAGGGAACAAAAAUCAGCUCCAGAACUGAAAGCACAGAGGAAAUCUGAUUAUUCGGGAGCUGAUAGGGUGAUUCAAUCUUCCUGCUCAGAAAAUUCACCGCGCGGUAUACCCGAAUUGUAUGAAGAGAAGGCUCAUAAUUUGCGAGUAUUUACUUUCCAAGAGCUCAGGCAUGCGACAAACGAUUUCAGCAGGCUGCUUAAGAUUGGAGAAGGUGGAUUUGGGAAUGUUUAUAAAGGUUCAAUUAAGCCUGCUGAUGCCAAGGGCGAUCCAAUCGUGGUCGCCAUUAAAAAGCUUAACAAUGAUGGCUUACAGGGUCACAAACAAUGGGUGGCGGAAGUUCAAUUUCUCGGUGUUGUGGAGCACCCAAAUCUUGUCAAACUAAUAGGAUACUGUGCUGUGGAUGGAGAAAGAGGGAUUCAACGACUACUAGUCUAUGAAUAUAUGCCGAACAGAAGUUUGGAAGACCAUCUAUUUAACAAGGCAUACCCAGCUAUUCCUUGGGAGACAAGAUUGCAGAUAACACUUGGAGCAGCUGAAGGAUUAGUUUAUCUUCAUGAAGGUUUGGAAAUUCAGGUGAUAUAUCGAGAUCUUAAAUGCGCGAAUGUGUUACUGGAUGAGAAUUUUAAACCAAAGCUUUCUGACUUCGGGCUUGCAAGGGAGGGGCCAAUGGUUGGCCAUACUCAUGUUUCAACUGCAGUAGUGGGGACAUACGGGUAUGCUGCACCAGAUUACAUUGAGACAGGCCAUCUCACAACUAAGAGUGACGUAUGGAGUUUCGGUGUGGUGCUGUAUGAGAUUCUUACAGGCAGACGGUCAUUGGAGAGAAACCGUCCAAGAACAGAGCAGAGACUCUUAGAAUGGGUGAAACAGUUCCCUCAUGAUGGCAAAAAGUUCGGCUUGAUAAUGGAUAGCCGGCUUGAAAACAAGUAUUCGAUCAGCGCAGCAAGAAAAAUUGCUAGGUUGGCUGAUAGUUGUCUGUCGAAGAGUGCAAAAGAUCGGCCAAUAAUGAGUCAGGUAGUAGACACAUUGAAGAAGAUUAUUCAAGAAACAGGAGGAGGAAAUACAUCUGAGAGAAGUCCCGAAUCUGUUGAAAAUGAGCAACUUGACUCAGUAAAAAAUCAGAGCGAAUUGGGGGCCUCGGCAUCAUGGAAGAGACGAAUGAAUCACUUGGCCAAACUAGGUGAGCAAGUGGAGAGUGCUAGCAGAAGAAGAUUCAUGAUCAUGCAGAGGGCAAAGGUUACUUGA